AUGUCGUUUUCUCAUUUGUUCAUCUUACUCCUUGGAGUACUUCUCACCCUUCAAACUCUUGCCGAUAACUAUAAGCCCCCAGAGCAAGAGCCUGACCAUGAGCAUAAGCCCCCAGAGCAAGAGCCUGACCAUGAGCAUAAGCAUGAGCAUAAGCCUAAGCCGCCACCGAUCUCGCUUUACGAGAAACCUCCACAUGGAGAGAAGCCUAAGCCCAAGCCAAAACCUCCACACCAAUCUAAAGUGGUGAAGCCAGGAAAUGAUGGAAAACCACGACAGGGGCCGCCGCACAAGCAUCCGCCACAUGGUCAGUAA